AUGCGAUCGGCCACGUUACGGCGCACCGGCUCUAUGUACGUCUUCAUCCUCAACCUGGCGGCGGCGGAUCUGCUCUAUCUGGGCACCAUCCCGUUCGUAGUCUGCACCUACUUCGCCCACGACUGGUUCUUUGGGGAAAUGGGCUGCAGGCUGCUGUUGAGUCUGGAUCUGCUCACCAUGCAUGCCAGCGUGUUUGUGCUGGUGGCCAUGAGUCUGGAGCGCUACCGCGCCGUGGCCGCUCCAUUCCGAGCCCGUCGCUCGACCGCACGUAAUCACUGGCUGAUGGCGUUGGGAAUCUGGGCGGCAGCGUUCGUGUUGACGCUCCCUAUGAUGGUGAUGAUCCGUCUCCGCGAGGGACGUCCCAGUACGGUGGGCCUCGUCAAACGCAUCUGCUUCCCAACAUGGACACCUGAGGCUUUCAAGGCGUAUCUGACCGCGCUCUUCUUCACCAGCAUGCUCCUGCCAGGCCUGCUGAUGGUAGGACUCUACACGGGUCUCGCCCGGCAUUACUGGGCCGCCCAGGCUAACCUGACUCACGGAUCCUCGUCGUCCGUUCGCAGGCGCCGACUGAAGCACAAGGUGGUGGGCAUGAUUUUCUGCAUCGUGGUGGCGUACUGGACGUGUUUUCUGCCAUUCUGGGGUUGGCAGAUGGCGAAGCUCUUCUCAUCCGAGUCGCUCCGCUCGCUGUCGGCCGCCGCUCACACCUACGUCAACUUCUUCGUCACCUGCCUGACGUACGGAAACAGCUGCAUCAACCCGCUGCUUUACACGCUGCUGACGCGCAACUACCGUGACUACCUGGCCCAGAGAGGUCAGUCAUCAGGGGCGAGUCGAGGGGACCAGGGGUCGGCCGCGGGGGUCAACCCUAUCCAAGAUCAUAUAGGAUGA